CUGUUUUCUGGGAUAUGAAGAGCUUCAGCAGUGAGACAGCGUUCAUUCGCACUUCAGCUGGACUUCAUGGACGUUCCUGGGACAUGGCUCUGCGACUCACACUGCUUCAGCGCCUAAUCACGCUGUCUCUGGUUUUACUUUUGCACCACACGGCAACCGCAGCCACCGGAGGGAGGAAAGGAAACGCUGAGAAAUGCGAAUACAAGGUAAUCCAGUCCAGUUCAGACGAAAGCGGACGCAAACUCGUCACCUAUCGAAAUGACAACUGCUCUCUGAACUGGAACCCGUGGGGGAAACACGCCAUCCAUGAAGUGAAUAAUAUCAGCUUCACUCAUUUGUCCUGUGAUAACCAGGCUGCUGUGGUAGUCCACUGGAUGCCAAGUCCCCUCGGUAUUGAGCAUAUAAAGGGUUUUCGGGUUUACCUGGAGGACAAGAAUCCGGAGGGGAAACAGUGCCAGCACAUGAUCCUGAAGGACCCGCGGCAGCUCAAUUUCUCCUUCAAGAAUGUUAAGCUGAGCUCACAGCCGUUCGUCGGCUUGGCCUUCGAGAUGGACUACAUGGUCAGGAUAGUUCCAUUUCCCACUUUCAUGAACGACAGCUUCUUCCCUCCUUCCUUCCUGCACACGAACAGUUGCGAAGUGCUUCUUGGACCGGACAACCUCGUCUGCAAACCAUUCUGGAAGCCCAAGAUGCUGAACGUCUCCCAGCUCGGCUCCAACCUGCAUGUCGUUUUCGAUCACGCUCCUCCUACGUUUGGCUUCAACACCUAUUACCUGUACUACAAGCUUCGACAGGAGAGCCACUUCAAGCUCAAACGCUGCAAACCGGAGCUGAAUGGCCCUAAAACAACCUGCAUACUGCAAGAUGUUACACCAGGAACGUAUGUGAUGGAGCUCCGCGAUGAAAGCAACAACACCAGGAGACAGACUCAGUAUCAUGUGAGCCAAGUGCAUUCUCCGUGGGCAGGACCCAUCCGUGCCAUGGCCAUCACCGUGCCUCUGGUCAUUAUGUCUGCCUUUGCCACUCUCUUUACCGUCAUGUGCCGCAAGAAACAGCAAGAGAACAUCUACUCCCACCUGGACGAAGAGAGCUCCGAGUCGUCUUCUCACACAACGGCCUUGAGCACAGAGAGACGCUGGCCUCGGCCCAAAGUCUUCAUCUGCUACUCCACAAAAGACUGCCCCAAACAUCUCGCUGUUGUCCAGAGCUUUGCCUUUUUCCUGCAGGAUUUCUGCGGCUGUGCGGUUUCUCUGGACCUUUGGGAGCAUUUGGAAAUCUGUAAGGAAGGUCAGAUGUCAUGGUUGAGCCGGCACAUCGACGAGGCUCACUUCCUCAUCACCAUCUGCUCCAAAGGCUUUAAAUACUUUGUAGAGAAAAGGCAUCGUAAAGGCAAGGCAACAGCCAAGGGGAAGAACAAAGAGGUGGUUAUACCAGAUCUGAGCAGCAGUGACCUCUUUGUUGUAGCUGCUGCAAUGAUCAGCGAGAAGCUGCGGGAGGCUCAGCAGGGCUCAGCUGACCUCUCGCGCUUCAUGGCCAUCUAUUUUGACUACUCCCGUGAAAGUGACGUGCCCACCUCACUGGCUCUGGCACCUCGUUUCAAGCUGAUGGACCAGCUGCCAGAGCUGUUGGCCCGGCUGCACUCGCGUCAGCUUGGCGCCCCCGCCGUCAGCAAGCGCAACUAUUUCCGCAGCAAAGCGGGUCGCUCUCUUUACGUAGCCAUCUGUAACAUGCACCAGCACAUCUCCCAUGAACCCGACUGGUUUGAGCGACAGCUCAUGCCUCCCGUUUCUGGUCCCCUUCCUCACAAACGCGAGAAGCCCGACUCGGGGCUCGCACUCAACGAGGUGGUGUUUAAGCGGCCCUCUGAGUGCGAGUUCCCCAUCAUGAACGUUCUCAUCCCAUCCACAUUGCCAAAUCCAGGCACUUUCUUGCUCUCUAGCAUGGCCUCCAGUUCAGCACAGGAGGAAAUUGGGGAAAGCUCUUCACAGUCGUCAUUAUCAGGCCAGGAAGCAAGCGCGUUACCGAGGCCUUUGUGCCACACAGACGGCUCAGCGAGCCCACCAGAAAUGCCCAGAGACUCUGGAAUCUACGAUUCCUCUGUGCCAUCUUCAGAGCUGUCAAUUCCACUGAUGGAGGGACUUUCACCAGACCUGGCGGACUCGUCCUCCUUGACAGAAAGUGUGUCGUCUUCCUCUGGACUAGGUGAUGAGGAACCACCUGCUAUUAGCUCGCUCCAUUGCACCACACCCACCAUCUGCAAGGCAGAGCUUCAUCACAUUGUGGAGCCAAUUGAAGGACUCCUAGCAUCAGCCUCUCCGUAGUGGCCUCUCUCUGGCUUUGCAUUGCCACUUUACUGCCUUCUGUAUCACAUGACUCAAGUUGACAACAAGCCUUAUUUCUUGCAUGUAUCAUGUAGACAUGAAGCCUGUGGUUUCCUUUGUGAAGCUAUCAGGAGAUGUUGUCCUGGACAAAUGUACAGUACGCCGAGAAAGGGACCACCGCCUAACCAAAGCAGCUGUGAACUCUUGAAUCCAGCCUUUACGCUAGUGUUAGUACAAAGCAUUAGAUAGUACAUAAAACUGGGGUUUUAUCAGAACCAUCAAAUAAAAACCUUCUCUUUACCACACCAUCAGAUGGAGGUUACAGCACCGGGAGCAUGUUAUUAUGAAUGUGGGACUUGGCAAACAUAAAAAAGGGCUGUUUUAUUUAUUGACUGAUGUUAACUUUUAUCAUUGGCUUCUAGAUGUUUUAAUUACUUUCGGUCAGUUUUGUAUUUGUCUUCAUGUGUUUUCUUUUUUAAAAAAAAAAACACUUUUACUAAGAAUUAAUUGCAUACAUGAUAUUUCAUUGCUUUCACUUGCCAAGACACACAUUAAUCAGCUUUUAUUGAUUAAUUAAUUGCUGACAAAGGGAACAGGAAAUCAUUGACAAGUUUCAGAAUUGUCAAUUUGCA